CCAGCUUGCUUUCCAUCGUUCGAUGUCACCGCCGACGCAGAUGGCUUCCCUCGCCGUUCUCGUUUGCCUCGUCUGCGCAGCGCUCGCCUCCGAUGCGGCGGCCGUCCGCGUGGAGCUCACGCGCGUACACGCCGACCCCAGCGUGACCGCGUCCCAGUUCGUCCGCGCCGCCCUGCACCGCGACAUGCACCGGCACAACGCCAGGAAGCUAGCCGCGUCGUCGUCUGACGGCACGGUGUCCGCGCCGGUCUCGCCCACCACCGUCCCCGGUGAGUUCCUGAUGACGCUGGCCAUCGGCACGCCGCCGCUGCCGUUCCUGGCCAUCGCCGACACGGGCAGCGACCUCAUCUGGACGCAGUGCGCGCCCUGCAGCCGCCAGUGCUUCCAGCAGCCGACGCCGCUGUACAACCCGUCCAGCUCCACCACGUUCAGCGCGCUCCCGUGCAACAGCUCGCUGGGCCUAUGCGCGCCGGCGUGCGCGUGCAUGUACAACAUGACGUACGGCAGCGGGUGGACGUACGUCUUCCAGGGGACCGAGACGUUCACGUUCGGGUCGUCCACGCCGGCGGAUCAGGUCCGCGUCCCCGGCAUCGCGUUCGGAUGCAGCAACGCGAGCAGCGGCUUCAACGCCUCGUCCGCGUCCGGCCUCGUCGGGCUGGGCAGGGGGAGCCUGUCGCUCGUCUCCCAGCUCGGCGCCCCCAAGUUCUCCUACUGCCUCACGCCGUACCAGGACACCAACAGCACGAGCACGCUCCUCCUCGGGCCGUCGGCGUCGCUCAACGAUACCGGCGUCGUCAGCUCCACGCCUUUCGUCGCCAGCCCUUCCAGCAUCUACUACUACCUCAACCUGACCGGCAUAUCCCUCGGCACGACUGCACUGCCCAUCCCUCCCAACGCCUUCUCGCUCAAGGCGGACGGCACCGGCGGGCUCAUCAUCGACUCUGGCACCACCAUCACAAUGCUGGGAAACACGGCGUACCAGCAGGUCCGCGCAGCGGUCCUCUCCCUGGUGACGCUGCCCACGACAGACGGAUCGGCAGCCACGGGGCUCGACCUGUGCUUCGAGCUGCCGUCCUCAACAUCGGCGCCGCCGUCCAUGCCGAGCAUGACGCUCCACUUCGACGGCGCAGACAUGGUGCUCCCGGCGGACAACUAUAUGAUGUCACUCUCGGACCCGGACUCGGACUCCAGCUUGUGGUGCCUGGCCAUGCAGAACCAGACCGACACUGACGGCGUGGUAGUAAGCAUUCUCGGCAACUACCAGCAGCAAAACAUGCACAUCCUCUACGACGUUGGGAAGGAGACAUUGUCGUUUGCUCCGGCCAAGUGCAGCACGCUGUGAUCAGAAAUCUAUUCCAAUUCAAAUGCUGAAAAAAUCGAACUAGACUACGACAAUGAACAGGUAAGCGCCAGACUUGUCGAUCGGGCAGUCGCAGUGCUACUUCCCUUGUGACAGUCUAGCUGUACUUUAGUUUGAUGUUUUUUUUUUGUUUUAGAAAAAUGAUUUUUUGGGACGUUUUACCUUUGUUGUGUUGCUAGGGUUGUGAUGUAAAGCAGGAAAUAUUUAAACUUAUCAGUUACUGUGU